AUGCUGUUCCUCACCGGCAUUGUUGUGGCUCUGGUCGCGGGGCCGGUCCCUGCCAUUGGGGCGAUCACCUCCAGCCUGCAGAGCAUCUUGAAGAACACCCACGGCAGCAACGAAUAUGAAUAUCCAACUGACCUAACUAGGAAUCUUCUGCCAAUUCCUGUUCAUUCUCAUAACGACUACUGGCGCGAUGAGCCUUUCUACACUGGUCUGUCUCAUGGUUGUACAUCCACUGAAGCUGAUGUCUGGCUUUAUAAUGGCACCCUUUAUGUCGGGCAUGAUCAAUCCGCCUUGACGGAGGAGCGAACUCUCGAAUCCUUGUAUAUCAAUCCAAUCCUAGAUGUUCUCGAGCGCCAGAACCCGGAGAGCCCGUUUUUGACAUCGCCAACUAAGAACGGCGUUUGGGAUACUGUUCCCGAUCAAACCCUCUACUUCUUCAUCGAUGUGAAGACCUCUGGCCACGAGACUUUCAAUGCAGUCAUCGCUGCUCUCGAGCCUCUACGAGCCAAGGGCUACCUUACCACCGUCAAAGAUGGCAAGGCUGUUACCAAAGGAGCCGUCACUAUCAUUGGCACUGGAGAGACACCGUUAGAUAUGGUUGCACCAGUGAAAGAUCGAGAUUACUUUUUUGAUGCACCGCUAGCAGACCUAAACGACCCCAAAUAUGCCGAUAUUACUGGAGUCGUCUCGCCAGUCGCUUCGACCGACUUCGACAAGGCCGUCGGCAAGAUCACUGUCGACACGGACCCGAUCCUAACCGAGGACCAACUCAAGGCUCUCCGAGCUCAAAUCGCUACUGCAAACGAGCGCGGGAUUGGUGCUAGGUACUGGAACACGCCGUACUUCCCGAUCCGGAAGCGCAAUCUUGUCUGGAGGACACUACUACGCGAGGGGGUUAUCCUGCUUAACGCCGAUGACCUGGAUGCUGUGACGGCCUAUUUUUAA